UGAAUUGAAAGUUGGGAGGAGAGGAGAGGAGACAAAGGGAGGCCAUCCCUACCCCUAUUUAACCUUCUCCAUACGUCUCAUCACUCAUUAAUCACCUGCAUGUUCUCUGGAAUUCCCUCUUUUGUCUCUUCGAACUCCUCAAAUUUGAAUGCCCCCUCCACCCUUAUAUAUAGUUCAGCUUACACAGCUGCUGUAAUACCCAUAAGCAUAUAUUUCCAAGCCUGCCUUGUUUGAGUACUUGAGACAUUGUAACCCAUAAAAACUAGUCAUCUUUUCUUUCUCAUCAUGUCCAUCAUAUCUUCUCUUUUCAUCUUCUGCUUGUGUCUUUCCUCUUAUGCAUGCAAUGCUCGACGAGUUGGGGUCACUGAUAAUGGAGGUUUUGACAGACAACUUGUUUCUCCAAGCAAGGUGAAUGAGAAGGUUAAACUCACUAUUGAUCAAACUAAAAAAGGAGCAGAAAAUAAUGCGGAUAGCAUUGGUGAUGAUCAGAGGAAUCAUAAUGGUGCAAUGGUGACUCAAAAGCCUAAGGAAUGGAAUGACUUUGAGAAGGAAAUGAAGAAGAACAAGUACACUGAAGAAGCAAUUUCAGGAAAUGAGAUGGGUGAGGCUUCUUCUCACGUGGGUUUGCUAAAGGCAACAAAAAUUGAG